ACUACAAAGUACCUGAACAAGUCCACUCCAUUGAAAGAUUACAAAGGCAUGCUUUUCUCUCCACAGUUGUUGCUUCUUCCCCUGUCUAAGCCUGUAUUUUUUUCUUUUUUCUUUUUUUCUUUUGGAAACGAAAAUAUCAGAGAAAGACAGAAACCCCACUUGGAUUAAUAUCCAUAGUUGAAAGAUUGAUUGGAUUUUGCGUGCUUUCAAUAUCACGGAAUGGGAAGUCUCUGAGUUCAUAUCCUUCACACAGUCGGUUUUCUUCUUCACGAGUACUUUCUCCAGAACUUGGUAGAUGAAUGCUAGUUGUCAUUCAAAAAAUAAGGUGUGCUUGAAGAUCAGCAGGCGAAAUUCUUUAAUUUUGGAUGGGGAAAAAGAGAAGCUGGUUCAGUUUGGUGAAGAGAAUCUUCAUUUCUGAGGCAAAAGAAAAAGAAGAGAAGAAACCAAAGAGCUGGAGAUGCCUUUUCACAAGGUUUAAGCUCAAGCAAUGCCCUACACUUGCAGCACCACGUAGAACAUUGACUGAAGCAAGAGCCGAGCAGAGAAAACAUGCUUUAACUGUUGCCUUAGCAACAGCAGCUGCAGCUGAGGCUGCAGUUGCUGCUGCCCGUGCUGCAGCUGAGGUUGUCCGGCUCACAUGCUCUCCUCCAUCUUAUUACCAUACCUGUGAUAAGAGAAACCAAAACUUGGCUGCCAUUAAAAUUCAAACUGCUUUCCGGGGAUAUCUUGCAAGGAAAGCACUGCAGGCAUUGAAAGGAUUGGUAAGGCUUCAAGCUCUGGUUCGAGGCCAAAUUGUGAGACGCCAAGCAAUCACGAAACUCAAGUGUUUACCCUCCACUGCAAAUACACGGGCACAGGUCAAUAUAGGGGGAGUUCUAACUACAGAAGAAACUUAUAAAGAUGGUAAUAACAGAAAGUUUCUUAGGCCAAAGAAAGAGUGUGGAGGGAGAGAAAUAAAGGCUUAUGUUAUUGAGCAGCUUGAAGGCAGCGGUCAGAGAAGUUGGGAUUACAACAUUUUAUCACAAGAAGAUGUGGAAACCAUAUGGUUGAGAAAGCAAGAGGCUCUCAUCAGAAGAGAGCGGAUGAAGAAAUACUCAUCCUCCCAUAGGGAGAGGAUAAAUGCUCAAAUGCCAGAGGAAACUGAACCCUACAAGGAGAAUGGAAGACAGAGCUGCCAGUUAGUGCGGUGGAUGGACAGUAUGGAACACAAAAGAAAAGAAGCAGAGAAUUCAAAGGCAGCAGCUGAUUCAAAUCUGUUAAAUGGCCACAUAAAUGGAACAACAAAUAUUGAACUGAGAAAUGGGUGGAAACAGAAUUCCACAGAAGGAUCAGAUAUGCCAUUUUCACUCCCGAGGAGAUCAUUUUGUCACAGAAAGCAUAAUUCAGUUAUCGAUGACAGUUCCUUUCCAAGUUCUCCAGUUUUUCCAACUUAUAUGGCAGCAACAGAAUCUGCCAAGGCGAAGGCUAGAGCACUGAGCACACCUAAGCAGAGGCUUGGGUUUCUAGACAGUUGCUUUGAUCAGAGUUCACCAUACACAAAUAGGCCAUCAUUUUGGUCUUCACUUAAUGGUGAAUCAAUUAGCAGCAGUGGAAGGAGUGGCUAUUCUUGGCAGAACACUGUAAGCAUGAAAAGCCUUAACUGAGACUCAAAUCAAAGUGGUGCUUUUGGAAGAUUCUAUGCUAAGUUUUCCAGAUUUUCAUGAUUGACUCUCUGGCUGUAACUGCAGAUUGAAGAAACUUCCAAGCUUAUCUGAUUGGUACAGGAAGUGUGAUGCCCCACUUUUAUCUUUGUACAUUUUCUUAUGUGUUAUCUUUUUUUGGAUCUGUUUGUUUGAGUGCAACUAUUCCCUGGCUAAAAUUUUCAAUCAGAGAUGGCUUUUCUAUCCUUGUGAAGAAACUUUUUACCGUAUAUCACUUUAGAAGAAACGUUUUCAUUUC